UGUUGUGUGCCUGUUUUAGUUACUACGAGGUAACCCCUUUUACUUUUCUAUUGAUCAUCUUGAUGACUGCAAGUGAGCUAGGAUAAAUGCUAUAAAACUCGUUGGUAGCGAUUUUGUAAUUUUACCGCCAUGAUUCUGUCUCGAAUAAAACCUGCUGUCGAAGAAGAAUCAAUUCACGUAUCAAAUACCAAACGUUUGCCAUCUCUUCAUGAUUUUAUAGAUAAACGAGAUUACACCGGCGCUUUGAAUUUACUCGAAUUUGAGCACAAUAUUGGCAAAGAUGGCGAAUUAACAAAACUGUGGAUGGGAUUUUGCGCUUUUCAUUUAGGCGAUUAUAAACGCGCAUUAUCCGUAUACGAUUCGUUGCAACAAGAAAAUAAGAAUAAUCCUCCGAAGGACUGCUUGUUAUAUUUAGCAUGUUGUUAUUUUUUUCUAGGAAUGUAUACCCAUGUUGACGAAGUCAUGAAAAAAGUACCUCAUUCUAGAUUGAAAAUCCGACUCAUGUUUCAUUUAGCUCAUAAGCUAGCAGAUGAAAAUAAGUUAAUGGAGUAUCAUAAACAACUCGCUGAUGUGAUUGAAGACCAACUUUCAUUAGCUUCGAUACAUUAUUUGAGAGCUCAUUAUCAAGAAGCUAUUGAUAUCUAUAAACGUAUUCUACUUGAUAAUCGCGAAUAUCUAGCAUUGAACGUAUACAUCGCCUUUUGCUACUAUAAACUGGAUUAUUACGACGUGUCUCAAGACGUUCUGAACAUCUAUUUGCAAAAAUACUCUGAUUCUGUGAUAGCAACGAAUUUAAAAGCCUGUAAUUAUUUUCGUUUGUAUAAUGGCAAAGUAGCCGAAGCUGAAAUAAAAUCCUUACAAGAUCAAAAUUCGAUAAAUUCGUUUUCAUUUGGACAAGAUUUAUUGCGACAUAACUUGGUGGUUUUUCGGAAUGGCGAAUUUGCAAUGCAAAUUUUACCACCGCUGGUGGAUAUUGUCCCAGAAGCUCGUUUAAACCUGGUUAUUCAUUAUUUGAAACAGCAUGAUUAUCAGGAAGCAUUUGAAUUGAUAAAAAAUGUCGAACCAUCGGUGCCUCACGAGUAUAUUUUGAAAGCUGUUGUAAACGCAGCCUACGGUCAACAUUCGAAAUUGAGAGAAAAUAUAAAAAUUGCGCAACAUUUCUUUCAAUUGGUUGGAAGCAGUUCAAGUGAAUGUGAUACAAUUCCAGGAAGACAAUGCAUGGCUUCUUCGUAUUUUCUACAAAAAGAAUUCACCGAAGUUCAACUUUACUUGAGCUCAAUUAAGAGUUAUUAUUUCAACGACGACUGUUUCAAUUUCAAUUUCGCUCAAACCAAGACAGCUCUCGGUUACUACAAAGAAGCCGAAGAAAUAUUCAUGCUGAUUCAAAAUGAAAGGAUCCUAAAUGAUUUCAUUUACAUCAGUCAUUUGGCCAGAUGCUUUAUAAUGAACAGAAAACCGCAGUCAGCUUGGGAACUGUAUUUGAAAAUGGAAACAUCAGCUGAGUCCUUCAGUCUGCUACAGUUGAUUGCAAACGACUGUUAUCGAAUGGCUCAAUUUUGGCAUGCAGCAAAAGCAUUCGAUAUGCUGGAAAGAUUGGAUCCAUUACCAGAGUAUUGGGAAGGAAAGCGAGGAGCUUGCGUUGGAGUACUGCAAAUGAUUAUAGCAGGAAGACAAGCUAGAGAUUCUUUAUCUGACAUGGUACAGCUGCUGCGAAAUUCCGCCAAUGCCCAGGUUGAACCGAUUAUACGAGUCAUUAAACGCUGGGCCAAAGACAACAGGAUUAAUAUCUAAUUUUUUGCGACAUUUUUACCCG